AUGUCCAAGCUCGUCGUCUUCGGUGCAACCGGCCAACAAGGCCACUCCAUCCUCACCACCAUCCUCUCCCACCCAACCCUUUCCAAGAAAUACUCUCUCCGAGGAAUAACCCGCGACGCCAGCAAACCAAAGCCUCAGGCACUCGCAGCCCAGGGCGUUGAAAUCACCGAAGCAAACCUCGACGACCCAUCUACCCUCCCAGCCGCAGUGCAAGACGCACACACCGUCAUCCUCAUCACGGAAACGCAGUACGUGGCUGACCUAAAGGAACGCGAAACCCGACAGGGAAAGGCCGUCGCAGACGCUGCAGUGGCUGCAGGGGUUCAAUUCUUCAUUUUCAGUACAGCCGUGCACUGCAGCAAUCUCUGGAAUGGAGGUCCGGUUGACCAGUUCGACGUCAAAGCGGAGAUUGAGACUUAUCUCCGCACUCUGCCAUUCAAGCUUGGCACUGCGUAUAUCGCCCCCGGGAUGUUCAUGCAGAAUCUGGCGACUGUUAUGGCGCCGAGAAGACAGGAGGAUGGGUCUUUUGCUAUUGCGGGGAUUAAUGAUCCGAGCACGAAGAUCCCGAUGAUUGAUUCGGCGGGGGAUUCGGGGGCGUAUCUUGUUCCGUUUCUUGAGGAUCCGGAGGGGAGUAAUGGGAAGACUAUCUAUGCGUCGUCGUCUCUGUACUCGUUUGAUGAGAUGGCGGGGAUUAUUUCGAAGACGUCUGGCGAGGAUGUGAAGUAUGUGCAGAUUCCGAAGAGUGUGUAUCAGGGGUUCAUGAGUGAAGAGCAGGGGGGACGGAUGGUGGCAAUGAUGAGUUUCAUUGAUGUGCCGGGAUAUUAUGGAGAGGACACCGCAGAGAAGGUUGCUGAAGCUGUGGAGCUGGUGAAUAAGUCUGGUGGGAGAUUAUCGAGCUUUGAGGAGUUUGCGAAGACCUUUACGACUUUGUAA